AUGUCUGAAAGGACCUCUCGUGAGUGCCUUGAAUAUUUCUGCGAGACGGUUUGUAAAAGGUAUGGCGGUGAAUUCCUACGUAGACCAACGAGCCACGACAUCGCGCUAUUGUAUCAGGCUCAUGAGGAUAGGCAUCACCUACCUGGCAUGUUAGGGAGUCUCGAUUGUACACACUUUGUCUGGAGAAUGUGCCCCACAGAAUUGCGUGGACAAUACAUGAGAGGCGAUCAUCAAUACCCGACGGUUAUGUUAGAAGCGGUAGCGUCUCAAGAUUUGUGGAUUUGGCAUGCUUUUUGUGGGCCAGCGGGUUCACAAAACGAUAUCAACGUGCUGCAACAAUCUCCGUUAUUUCUUGCUCAACGAAAUGGAACGGCGCCAAAUUGUCCAUUUCAAGUGAACAACCAUUUAUACAAACGCGGGUAUUAUCUUACUGAUGGGAUCUACCCUACUUGGUCCGUGUUUGUGAAGUCUUUUCCAUAUCCACACGACCCGAACGAAAAAAAAUUCAAGAGGCAACACGAGGCCGCAAGAAAAGAUGUGGAACGGGCGUUUGGUGUGUUAAAGUCGAAGUGGGGAAUACUAAAUCGUCCAAUGCGUUCGAAAACGGUGAAAAAAAUAAGGUCCAUCGUGUAUACGUGCCUUAUUUUACACAACAUGAUUAUAAAAGACGACGGAAGGGCGAUAGCACCGGUUCAUAUUCAAGAUCCUCCAGUCGAACCCGUCUUCGAUGAUACAGCCUAUACGGAGCUCAUUGACGAAGACACGCAUUGGAGGCUAAAACACGAUCUCGUUGAGCAUCUCGGAAGUUUAGAUUUGCCUCACCUUGAAGUUGAUUCGGACGAGGAGUAGUUUGUUUUUAUAUUUUUUUAGGUUGAAUGUAUCUUUUUUUCUAGUUCGAAUGUUUUUUUUUAAUUUAAUGAAAUGUCUUUUAUUCAAUUUUUAUUUUUACUAAUCUUUUUUUAAUUUAUAAAACAUGCAUUAUUUUAGAGAAUAAAAAAAAAAAAAAAAAGAAACAACUCACCUAAUAGGUGAGUGCCGCCAUCAAAACAAGGUAUUAGGGGAGUGUAUUAGGUGAGUUGACGUGGCACCAUGUGAUUGGCUAUGUGUAAGAUGGGGGACUCACCUAUUAGGUGAGCACCCCUUACACCCUUAGCAGUUUAGCAAAAAAAAAUUAAAACCAGUCAAACUAGACCAUGAAUACCAUUACUUGUAUUUACUUAGAAAGGUGAGACGCUUAUCAUUUUAGAACCAAAAAUUUAGUUUAAACCAACAUGGUGCGAUAUGAGGCGCAAACAAAACAACCUACAUUGUCCGGCCUAAACACGCAAUAAAAACCAAAAUAAAUACUCUGUUAGCCGUUAGCCGACCGGACAACACUUUUAAUCUACUUUCUUAAACUGUAAGAAAAUAAACACACAUUCAAGUAUCUUUUAACUUGUUUAAUUCAUCUUUCAUUUACAUGUUGUUAGUUGACUGCAAUCAGUUUGAAAAAAGUUGUUCUUUGUUCAUGAUCUACUUAAAAAAGAACCAAUUUUUAAAAAAAGAAAUAGACUUCGUCUAUCAAAAGCGCUCAAACCCAAACUACAUACACAAAGCCUGACAAGGCUUCUUAACUUUGAAAAGCAAAAACAAGACAAAGCACACAAAGCGGUCAUAAAAACACUUGUAAAACGGUUCUGGAUCUUAAGGCAGUGCUAAAAUGUAGAUUAAACAAAAAAGAUAAAAAUU